CGGUGCACAACUUCUCUCUCUCUCUUCUCUACGCUUCUUCUUGUGGCGUAGAUUUUAUAGAGAGAGAAAUAAAAAGGAAAAAGGAAUCUCAAAGCUCAAGUUCAGAGAUUUUGACCCGAUUCCACAUUCAGAACUCUUGGAUAUGGCUGCUACCGCAACUGCUUCUGCAGUCCGAUACGCACCUGAGGAUCAUUCUCUUCCCAAGCCUUGGAAAGGCCUUGUGGAUGAUAGGACUGGUUAUCUGUACUUUUGGAAUCCAGAGACCAAUGUUACUCAGUAUGAGAGACCAAUUGGCUCUCAACCUCCCAAGUUUGCUGCUGCGCCUGUAAGCUCCUCCGUUCAGGCUCAACAAACUUCUUCCGGAGCCAAUGGGAGCUAUGGUCUUGUCAAGGAUGAUGACAAGUACAGCAGAGGCAGUGACGGUGGGCCUAAGAUUGAGCCCGGGUCCAGAUUUACUGAGGUUGGCAGGAGUGGAGCGCCCUAUUCGAAUGGUGCUGCAAAUGGAGUCGGAAAUUCUGCAUACGGUGCCUCUGCAAGAGGUCCACCUCCUUCAUCAGCGCCAGCAAAUGAACUUUCCCCUGAGGUCUAUUGCCGCCGUCAUGAAAUUACUGUCAGUGGAGGCCAAGUACCACCACCUCUAAUGUCCUUUGAAACUACAGGUUUUCCUCCUGAGCUACUGCGGGAGGUACUCAGUGCAGGUUUCUCUGCUCCAACUCCAAUCCAAGCUCAGUCUUGGCCAAUUGCGAUGCAAGGUAGGGACAUAGUAGCCAUUGCUAAAACUGGCUCGGGAAAAACUCUGGGUUACUUGAUUCCUGGCUUUCUGCAUCUUCAACGCAUCCGGAAUGAUUCGCGAAUGGGCCCGACUAUAUUGGUAUUGUCUCCAACGAGGGAACUGGCUACACAAAUUCAAGACGAAGCUGUCAAAUUUGGGAGGUCAUCAAGAAUUUCGUGUACGUGUUUGUAUGGUGGUGCACCAAAGGGCCCUCAGCUGAGGGAUUUGGAAAGAGGAGCAGAUAUCGUGGUUGCAACUCCUGGACGAUUGAAUGAUAUCCUUGAGAUGAGGAGAAUUAGUCUGCGUCAAGUAUCUUAUCUUGUGCUAGAUGAGGCAGAUAGAAUGUUGGACAUGGGUUUCGAACCGCAGAUAAGGAAGAUUGUGAAAGAGAUCCCAACUAAGCGUCAAACCCUUAUGUACACUGCUACAUGGCCGAAGGGCGUCAGGAAAAUUGCAGCUGACUUGCUUGUUAACCCUGCUCAGGUCAACAUUGGCAACGUCGACGAGCUUGUGGCAAACAAGUCGAUCACACAGCACAUUGAAGUUGUAGCACCAAUGGAGAAACAAAGGAGGCUAGAGCAGAUAUUACGGUCUCAGGAACCAGGCUCAAAGGUGAUAAUAUUCUGCUCAACCAAAAGGAUGUGUGACCAACUAACUCGCAAUAUAACCCGCCAAUUUGGAGCUGCUGCUAUACAUGGAGACAAGUCUCAGCCUGAGAGAGACAGUGUUCUGAAUCAAUUCCGCAGUGGCAGGACUCCGGUUCUUGUUGCAACUGAUGUUGCUGCUCGUGGGCUGGACGUUAAGGACAUCAGGGCGGUCAUCAACUACGAUUUCCCCAAUGGAGUGGAAGACUAUGUUCAUAGAAUCGGAAGAACAGGAAGAGCUGGAGCGACUGGUCAGGCAUUCACAUUCUUUGGUGAUCAAGACUCGAAACAUGCCUCAGAUCUGAUAAAGAUCUUGGAAGGCGCAAACCAGCGAGUUCCUCCUCAGAUCCGCGAAAUGGCCACACGCGGUGGUGGUGGAAUGAACAAAUUCAGUCGAUGGGGUCCUCCUUCCGGAGGUCGAGGUGGUCGUGGUGGCGACUCUGGUUAUGGUGGCAGAGGUGGUAGCUUUGGUUCACGUGACAGAAGCAGCAAUGGAUGGGGAAGAGAGCGUGAAAGGAGCCGUAGCCCGGAGAGAUUCAACAGAGCUCCACCACCGUCUUCCACUGGAUCUCCUCCUCGCAGCUUCCACGAGUCUAUGAUGAUGAAACAUAGAUAAACAGAAGAUACACAGUCAUUCGAUAUUAUAUAUUUUUGGCACUUGAAACUUUUAGACACUCCCCAUUGAAUAAUUACGUAUUUGUAUUUCAUUUCUUUAUACAUUUUAUGUGUUGUGUGUUCUGACUUCCGCACCUCAGAAUUGAGCUUUGUUGCUUGUUUAGAUAUAUAGGAAAAACUUUAAUCA